UUGUAAUGAACUUGGUUAUGACUUAUGACAUACUGAUACUCGUAACAUUCAUAGAUACUGACAUAAAUUCAUCAACUACAAUAGAUGAGAUGGCUAGUCUUAGUAGAACAGUAGUCUCUCUUUCCGGCUUGCUCCAUUGGCUGAUGACGAUGAACAACUCGGACUCAUUGAUUCCAGCAUUAUCUGAUUCUCGCAUUUCGAGGUCCGGAUUAGGGUCUCACCGAGAUGUGGAUAGAAUUGCCAUGUCAGGAAUUGAAGGAGGACGAGCCAUAUGUGCAUAUACAUGACGGGAGAUCAAGCGGCCAGUCAAGAGGCUAACUGCAACCCUAUUAUAUACGAUCAGCCUGCUAGAACACGUAGCACUGUCUUUUUUGUCUGAACUCUGAAGAUGAAAGUUCAGAGAAAUGCUCGCCUUAUCCAAGCCGGCGAUGGAUGGAGGAGGAGGUAGCCGGCGCCCGCCUCAGGCAGUCGUCGCGAUCACGCCGCCGCAUCCCGUCGCCUUGGAGACCGGGCCCCGACGCGGCCGACGCGGCGCCUACGUGGCCAUGCUUUAUUGCCUUAUCCAUAUCCACGCCAUUUAUUGUGGUCGUCUCUCCUGAUCAUUCUCAUUCCCCUGCCACGGUGACCGUGCCCCCGGUGUUCUAUAUAUGCCCCCCGACGUCGAGGUCAUUCGCCACGAACACAUCGAUCAUCCAUCAUCUACAAGAGAUCGAUCAGUAGUGGUUAGCAGCAACUCACUAUCGAACACGGUUUCAGCUUACACAGAUAUGAAGAACACCAGCAGCUUGUGUUUGCUGCUCCUCGUGGUGCUCUGCAGCUUGACCUGUAACUCGGGUCAAGCACAGGUCCUCUUCCAGGGUUUCAACUGGGAGUCGUGGAAGCAGCAGGGUGGCUGGUACAACAUGUUGAAAGGCCAAGUCGACGACAUCGCCAAGGCCGGGGUCACCCACGUCUGGCUGCCGCCGCCGUCGCACUCCGUGGCGCCGCAGGGGUACAUGCCGGGGCGUCUCUACGACCUGGACGCGUCCAAGUACGGCACGGCGGCGGAGCUCAAGUCGCUGAUCGCGGCGUUCCACGGGAAGGGCGUCCAGUGCGUCGCCGACGUCGUGAUCAACCACCGGUGCGCCGAGAAGAAGGACGCCCGCGGCGUGUACUGCGUGUUCGAGGGCGGGACGCCCGACGACCGCCUCGACUGGGGCCCCGGCAUGAUCUGCAGCGACGACACGCAGUACUCCGACGGCACGGGCCACCGCGACACCGGCGAGGGGUUCGGCGCGGCGCCCGACAUCGACCACCUCAACCCGCGCGUCCAGCGGGAGCUCACCGACUGGCUCAACUGGCUCAAGUCCGACGUCGGCUUCGACGGCUGGCGCCUCGACUUCGCCAAGGGAUACUCCACGGACAUCGCUAAGAUGUACGUCGAGAGCUGCAAGCCGGGCUUCGUCGUCGCCGAGAUAUGGAACUCGCUGAGCUACAACGGCGACGGCAAGCCGGCGGCCAACCAGGACCAGGGCCGGCAGGAGCUGGUGAACUGGGUGAACGCCGUCGGCGGGCCGGCGAUGACGUUCGACUUCACCACCAAGGGCCUCCUGCAGGCGGGCGUCCAGGGCGAGCUGUGGCGGCUGCGCGACGGCAACGGCAAGGCCGCCGGCAUGAUCGGGUGGCUGCCAGAGAAGGCCGUCACGUUCGUCGACAACCACGACACCGGCUCGACGCAGAAGCUUUGGCCGUUCCCCUCCGACAAGGUCAUGCAGGGCUACGCCUACAUCCUCACCCACCCCGGAGUCCCCUGCAUCUUCUACGACCACAUGUUCGACUGGAACCUGAAGCAGGAGAUAACCGCGCUGGCGGCGAUCAGGGAGAGGAACGGCAUCAACGCCGGGAGCAAGCUCCGGAUCGUCGUCGCCGACGCCGACGCAUACGUCGCCGUCGUCGACGAGAAGGUCAUGGUGAAGAUCGGGACGAGGUACGACGUGGGCAACGCGGUGCCGUCGGAUUUCCAUCAGACGGUGCACGGCAAGGACUACAGCGUCUGGGAGAAGGGGUCCCUCCGCGUCCCGGCGGGGCGGCACCUAUAGCGGGCUCAAGCCCUAAACUGAACGGGAUAGUCAUGCUCAAACCAGUUUCUACACGGCAAGAAUUUACUGAUUCUUAUACUUUUGCAGUCAAUUAAAUUAUGGUUUUUAUAUAUGUAAUUUUGUAUCCGAUUGUAGCGUUCGAAUAAGUAGGCAGGCUCUCUAGCCUCUAGGUUAAUUGCGGGGCAUAUGUAGCUUGCCAGUUAAUUGUGUUUGUAUCACGCAGUUUGUAACCGUUGGUGCAAUAUAUAAUGUCAGGUUCAGGAUGCAGUAAAAAAUCAUACUGCACCGAUCAGUGAGUUUUUAUAUACUCCUUUU